AUUUCACCCUCUAGUGGCUCCACCUCCCACGGCUAUUUGACCUGAAUGUGUAAUUCAGGCUUUUCAGCCAUUUGCAGAACUUUGACCUUCUGGAGGCUGGGAGUUCUAACCCCCUAGUUCUGGUUCUAGGCAGCGUAUUCCGUUCUGAACUGCCUGACUUGCUUUUAUUAGCUAAAGGAAGAGCCUGAAGCCAGUAGGAGUCAACGGCUCGUUCUAAAUCCCAGCCUGCCCUGUGGGCUUCCCACACCCCUUCCCAUCCUCUGGGAGCUAGAAAGACCUGUCCAAGCAGGGGGUUGGACUACAUCUCCCAGAGUGCCUGGCAGAGUAGUGGCUUCGGUGUGCCGGCUGCACCAGUUGCGGGUGACAAUGCAGCGGACAGCGAGUGUGGUGGCUCUGGGUUUUUGCCUGCAGGCACAACCCUUGGUCCAGAGCCGCCCACUCAGUUGUGUACAGGAUGUGCUCCGCAGGACUCCACUGUAUGACUUCCACCUGGCCCAUGGAGGAAAAAUGGUGGCGUUUGCAGGGUGGAGUCUACCUGUUCAGUACCGGGACAGUCACGUUGUUUCACACCUGCAUACACGCCAGCACUGUUCUCUCUUCGAUGUGUCCCACAUGCUGCAGACCAAGAUAUUUGGUCGUGACCGAGUGAAGCUGAUGGAGAGUAUAGUGGUUGGAGACAUUGCGGAACUAAAGCCUAACCAGGACAAGGUCAAGGAGUUCCAGAACAGGGGCAGUGAUGUAGGCCUGGAGGUGAUAGAUAAUGCCCUGUUAGCUCUGCAAGGACCUGCUGCAGCACAAGUGCUACAGGCUGGUGUGACAGAUGAUUUGAGGAAACUGCCCUUCAUGACCAGUGCUGUGAUGGAGGUGUUUGGUGUGGCUGGCUGUCGCGUGACCCGCUGUGGCUACACAGGAGAAGAUGGUGUGGAGAUCUCAGUGCCAGCAGGAGGGGCAGUCCACUUGGCAACUGCUCUGCUGAAAAACCCAGAGGUGAAGCUGGCAGGACUAGCAGCCAGAGAUAGCCUGCGCCUGGAGGCAGGCCUCUGUCUGUAUGGGAAUGACAUUGAUGAACAUACUACACCUGUGGAGGGCAGCCUCGGCUGGACACUGGGGAAGCGGCGCCGAACUGCUAUGGACUUCCCAGGAGCCAAAAUCAUUGUGCCCCAGCUGAAGGGCGAGGUGCAGAAGAGACGUGUGGGGUUGAUAUGUGAAGGGGCUCCAAUGAGAGCUCACAGCCCUAUCCUGAGCACAGAAGGCACUGUGAUUGGCACAGUGACCAGUGGCUGCCCUUCACCCAGCCUGAAGAAGAAUGUGGCAAUGGGAUAUGUGCCAUUCAAAUACAGUCGGCCAGGGACACAGCUGCUGGUGGAGGUUCGGCGGAAGCAACAAAUGACGGUGGUUAGCAAAAUGCCCUUUGUGCCCACGAACUACUACACUCUCAAGUGAAGAUGACCCAUGGGAAAGCAGUUCCCUCCAGGAGUCUUGCCCUAGAAGGCAUUCUAUAGUGCUUAGUCAGGACAGAAGUAGAACUCACAGGGGUGGGUGGAAGCUGAAUGGGGUUUGCUGUGGUCUGAUUAGGGUGGGGAGAGCAUCCCAUCUAUUCUCCUUCCCCACCAAGCUAUCCUAACUUUAGGGCCUGAUUUUUAAAUGACAAAUCACCUUACUUAAUGUCCUAUUUUAGUCUGCAAUCCCACUAACCUUAUUCUGCCAGGGGCUGGCCAGAGAACAAAUGUCUGCUUUUGUGUGGAGGAUACCUGCCCAACCUACCUCACGAUGGUUUCUCUAAUUUCAAAGGGCUAUUACUGUGGGCAGUGUGAGCUUAGGUGCCUUCCACUUUGCUCCCCAUGAAUGCAUACUCUGGCUUUCCUGGGAUAAAAAUGACUCCUGACUCAGUGUCGGGUGAGUGUGUUCCUGCGUGCAAACUUAGGGAUGGUUAAGCAAACACAGACUCACCCUUCCACAUUCCCUAGUCAACUCAGCCUGCUGUGCAGCAGCAAGACAUGGCAGGCUGAGUACUUGGGCUGACCUUAGCUCUUGUUGUGAAUAACUGUAUUUUACUAACUCUUGAAAAAAAAAUUAAAGUUUCCUUCUGGGGCUAGAAAGAGGGCUCAGUGGUUAAGAGCACUGGCUGUUCUUCCAGAGGACCCAGGUUCAAUUCCCAGCACCCACACAACAGCUCACAACUGUCUGUGAUCCAGCUCAGGGUGAUUUGACACCCUCACACAGAUAUGAAUGCAUGCAAAACACCAAUGCACACAAAAAUAAAUAAGAAAAAUUUCUUUCUUCUUACUU